AUGAAGUUCGGCGCCCUCAUCACUUCAGCUGGCCUUCUCUCUGGGCUUGCCUUGGCUCACCCUGAGGAACGCCUGUCCCGCCGUGAAAUUCAGCGCAGAGCCGCACUUUCCAAAAGAUGCGAACCGAAUAUCGCCAAACUCAACCGGAAGCGCCACGCCAAGCGCAUGGCGAAACGCCAAAUCGACUGGUCUAAUGCAACCAUCCCCGAGGCACAGCCCUACUACGACGUUAUUCAGAACACGACUUGCAUCCAGGUACCCGACAUCAUUCAGGGCCCUUAUGUCUGGCCCCAGUCUGAGCUCCUGAGAACGGAUAUGAGCGAGAACCAGCCAGGUGUUCCUCUUACCAUGGACAUCGGUGUCCUCGACAUGGCCACCUGCGAGCCCUUGACAGACGUGAUGGUGAGCCUUUGGCACGCCAAUGCGACGGGUUCCUACUCGUCCUUCACCGCGUUGGACCCCAACCUGGUCUUCGGCGACCUACUCGCGUCGCUCAACAUGACCAGAGACCAGGUGGAAUACGGGGUGACUGAUCUGCACACGGACGACACCACGUUCCUGCGCGGAAUGUACCCGACCGACUCCGAGGGCGUCAUGGAGAUGAAGACCAUCUUCCCAGGCUUCUACGCGGGCCGCAGCCUCCACGUCCACAGCCAGGUGUACACGGACUACACCCUCUUCCCCAACGGCACCAUCAGCUCCGGAAACCUCGUCAGCACCGGCCAGCUCUACUUCGACGAGUCGCUCUCGGCGGAGAUGAUGGCCCUGGAGCCCUACGCGAGCCACACGCAGACCCCUCGCGUGACCAACGACGUCGACCAGUUCUUCCCCGACGGCCUGGAAAAUGGCUGGAACCCGGUGUUCGACGUCAUCCCCGCCGAUGGGGUCGAUCCCAAGAACGGCAUGAUUGCGUACAUCACAAUGGGCAUCGACACUACCAACAUCCAGAAAGCCCCUAUGAACAUCAAGGCUCCAGGCGAAUAA